GUCUGAUGAGAGAGAGACCUAAAAACAUAAAAUAAACAAAGUCCCUGAGGCGCAGUUUAGUUCCGAGUAUCAUAUUUCAAAACAACACAGACAACAUGGAGCGUACUUUCAUUGCUAUCAAGCCCGAUGGUGUGGCCCGUGGACUGGUCGCUAAGAUUAUCAAGCGUUUCGAACAACGUGGAUACAAGCUUGUUGCCCUGAAGAUGGUCAAGCCCAGUGACGCUCACCUGCGCGAACACUACGCUGAUCUUGCUGGAAAGGGAUUUUUCAACGGUCUUAUCGAGUACAUGAAGUCAGGACCUAUUGUUGCUAUGGUAUGGGCUGGAGAGAACGCUUGUGCCGGGGGUCGUAUGCUUCUAGGUGAGACCAACCCUCAGAGCUCACUUCCCGGAUCCAUCCGUGGUGACUACUCUCUGACCAUUGGACGAAACAUCUGCCACGGAUCUGACUCUGUUGAGUCUGCCGAGAAGGAGAUCGCCCUUUGGUUCGGAAAGGACGAGAUCUGCGACUGGGAGCUUCCCGUACACAGUCUACUCUACGAGUAAAUUUUUCUGUUCAACUUAGUAGGCUAUGUAUUUUAAAUCAAUAAAUACAUGGGACACAUA